AUGGAAGAAUCAUUCAAAGCUCUCGUUCAUCAGAGAGGAGCAGUAAAAGGAAAACUGACGCGAGUGAAAAAAGCACUUAUGCAUAGUGACGCCGUACCGAACCCGAACAUUCGAAAUGUGCAUUUCCUGAAGUUACAUGCGAAGACUGUUGAGAACUGUUACAUUGAGUACAACGCAUUUCAAAAUCAAAUAUAUGCUCUACCCCUUUCUGAUGAACGACGACAUGAACAAGAAAAUCACUAUGUUGAGUUCGAAACUCUACAUAGCGAGCUUACGAUUCAGCUGAACAUUCUACUAGAAGAUUUGAUGGCAAAACCACAGAUACAACCAGGCCCUUCGGCUGUUGGAAAUGUGGUUGGACCGAUGGUUCCUGUCGUUGCACCCCAGCAGUUCAUUCCACCGUUGACAGUUCCAUUGCCCACUUUUGAUGGAACGUACGAAGCAUGGUAUUCAUUCAAAGCCAUGUUUCAGACCGUUAUGGCACGAUACGCUACAGAAUCACCAGAAAUAAAAUUGUACCAUCUUAGAAACGCCCUUGUUGGAAAAGCAGCUGGAAUAAUCGACCAAGAUGUCAUCAAUAACGGUGAUUAUGACGCUGCCUGGGCGAUUUUGAUUGAUCGAUUUGAAGAUAAACGCUUGAUAAUCGAUAAACACAUCGAUGCUAUCUUCUCUCUACCAAGAAUCUCGAAAGAUAGUUCAAUCGAACUUCGCAGGAUGGUUGACGUUUGUGUCAAAAAUGUCCAGGCAUUGGAAAACCUUGAACUCGCUGUUGACGGUUUGGGAGAACAAAUGCUGAUCAAUCAGUUAGCAUCAAAAAUGGAUCGUGAUACGAGAAAAGUUUGGGAAACGAAACAAGGCCCAGGAGAGUUGGCAUCCUAUUCGGACACUAUUGAGUUCCUGAAACAACGAUGCAGAGUUAUGGAAAAAGUGGACACAAACAGUGUUAAAGUGGAAAAUACAAAGGCUGUUCGGCCGAUGAAUAAAUCAAAGACAUUAGUGGUUUCGAAUGAACAAAAGUGUGCAAUGUGCAACAAUUCUCAUGAACUCUAUAAGUGCGAAGAAUUCAAGAAGAAGAGUAUCAGUGAUAAAUAUGGAUUGCUUCGAAAGUCUGGAUCUUGUUUUAACUGCCUGGGAAGAGGACAUCGCACUGCCGAUUGUUCAUCGAUGAGUACAUGUCGUAAGUGCAACAAAAAGCACCACACGUUACUGCAUCCGGAAGAAACAAAGACAGAGACAGCUGUAAACCCAUCACUUGCCCCGCAGAAAAAAUCAGAAGGAGGUUCUCGAACAGAACCAGCAACAGAUGGUGCUCCUACCGUUGAGCUGGUAACAAAACAACAAAAUGUGGUACUCUGUGCAUCGUCUAAUCAAUCGGAGAGGCAAACUCUACUCACGACCGCAGUUGUUUUAGUCUAUGGCAAUGAUGGCAUUCUCCAUUCUUGCAGAACACUCAUCGACUCAUGCUCUCAGAACAAUUUUGUAACUGAACGAUUUGCCGCACAACUGGCGCUUCAGAAUCACUAUGCGAAUUAUCAAGUCAGCGGUUUGAACGGAGGCACAACAAAGAUUCGAAAAGUAGUACGCACAAGGAUUAAGUCUCGAGUUACAAAUUAUUCAACCGAGCUUGAAUUGCUAAUAACCCCGAAGAUUACAAGCGAUAUGCCGGAAACAUCGAUCGACGUGACAAACUGGAACCUUCCAACGCACAUUGCGUUUGCGGACCCUAACUUUAAUAAACGUGGUCGGAUUGAUAUGCUGCUAGGAGCAGAAAUUUUCUGGGACUUGAUCAAAUCAAAAAGAAUUACUCUUGCUGAAAACCUUCCUUCGAUUAGAAGCACUGAAUUAGGUUGGGUGGUCGGAGGUGUGAUACCUGAACACACACCGGUCAUUGCGCGCACAUUUUGUAACGUCGUUGAUCAGAAUGAUUUCAGUAACCUACUUAAACGCUUUUGGGAGAUCGAAUGUGCCGAAGAGUUACAGCGAACGUCUACUGCGACUACUGAUGAUUGUAUACAACAUUUCAAGAACACUCACCAACGAACAACAUCCGGACGGUUUGUAGUCCGUCUUCCUUUCAACGAGCGGAAGAACGAACUGGGAAGUUCACUUCAGAUGGCAACCCGACGAUUUUUAUCUCUCGAACGACGCUUGGAUCAAUCCCCUGAAUUGAAGGCUGAGUAUACCACAUUCCUUCGUGAGUACGAGAAACUCGGGCACAUGAAAUGCAUUGAAAUAAACUCGAACGAAUGUCCAGGAUCAGCAUACUAUUUACCACAUCAUUGUGUGUUGCGACCAGAUAGCGCCACAACUAGGCUGCGGGUCGUAUUUGAUGGUUCGGCAAAAACUUCGACAGGAGUGUCUAUCAAUGAUACACUCAUGAUUGGCCCAACCGUUCAAAGCGAUUUGACAUCUAUACUACUGAAUUUUCGCUGCUAUCGAUUCGUGUUUACAGUCGAUAUAUCGAAAAUGUUCAGGCAAGUUUUGAUGAAUUCUGAAGAUACGCCUUUUCAGCGCAUACUAUGGAGGGAUGAUCGCUCACAACCUUUAAAGAUCUUUGAACUGCUCACGGUGACAUACGGAUUGGCUUCAUCGCCGUUUCAUGCAACGAUGGCACUCUCUCAGCUAGCCGAUGACGAAAGGAAGGAGUUUCCACUUGCUGCACCCGUACUAAGGAAAUCAUUUUACAUUGAUGAUGCCCUCUGCGGAGCGCAUACAAUCGAAGGGGCACAGUCAUUGUGUCAAGAACUGUUGAGUUUACUUAAGCGUGGUGGCUUCAAUGCACAUAAGUGGUGCUCAAAUGAUCCCACCAUCCUACAGGAAAUUCCGAAACACCUCUGGGGUACUACUUUCGACGUUGAAGAUGCAUUUAAUAUGGAAAUUGUAAAAACUCUUGGAGUAGUGUGGAAUGCUCCUCUCGACUGGUUCUCAUUUCGGAUUCAGCCACUUGAAGAACCAAUCCAGACAGUAACUCGCAAGAAGGUGCUUAGUGAAAUAGCAAAAUUCUUCGAUCCUCUGGGUUUAGGCGGACCGGUUGUGACAUCAGCGAAAUUGAUUUUUCGAGAAAUCGGUCUACUGAAUCUUGGCUGGGAUGAUCCCAUCCCCGAUGUUCUCACUGCAAGGUGGCGUGAAUUCCGAUCUCAACUACCAAAAUUGAAUGACCUAGAGAUACCGCGAUGGAUACUCAGUGAUGGACCGAAUCUCGUGGAACUCCACGGGUUUUCCGAUGCGUCAGACCAAGCGUAUGGGGCGUGCUUGUAUACGCGUCUCAUUCAUCCGAAUGGCACUGUCACGAUGAAGCUUAUAUGCAGCAGAUCGAGGAUUUUACCCAAGAAGACAGGAAAACUACUCCGCGAGCCGAACUCCUUGCUGCUCUGCUUUUGUCCCGAGAGGUAG